GUGAAAGACCGAAACCAUAUGUCCGACUGCACGAUUUAAAAGUCGUUUUAAUUGAAAACGAGUACGGAGAGAUCCCGACCACAGGGACUAGGAGAAUAUGGAAGAUGACUGCCAAUAUACUCGCAGCCCUGCCUGGGAAGAACUGGAGCCGGAGAAACCAGCGGCGACCGCAUCAGGGCUUCACCAUUCCGGCAUGGGGGCUGUCGGGGGCUCGGGCUCGGUGGUUGACGAGUCCUCCGACAGCGAGGGAGAACAAGAAGGGCCGCAGAAACUCAUCAGGAAAGUGUCAACCUCCGGGCAAAUACGAAGCAAGACGAGUGUGAAGGAAGGGCUACUUCUCAAACAGACCAGCUCCUUCCAGCGCUGGAAAAAACGCUAUUUCAAAUUGCGGGGACGGACACUCUACUAUGCCAAGGAUGCCAAGGCGGGUGGUGUUUUGGCCCGCUGGCAAUAUCGGGUCUCUCGUAGCCGUGUGUGCUGGAGGGUCCUUUCUGUCUGCUGGACCGGAGCACGUCGUUCACCGCCCUCUCUUGGUGCCAGUGGAUCAGAGGAAGGCCUGGUGGCAAUUCGGUCUCUCAUUUUCGAUGAGGUGGAUCUUUCAGAUGCCAGUGUUGCCGAAUCAAGCACAAAGAAUGUCAACAACAGUUUUACGGUAAUUACACCGUUCCGAAGGCUCAUCCUGUGUGCCGAGAACAGGAAAGAAAUGGAGGACUGGAUUAGCUCGUUGAAAUCUGUUCAGUCCAGAGAGCAUUACGAGACGGCACAGUUUAAUGUGGAACAUUUCUCAGGGAUGCACAACUGGUAUGCCUGCUCCCAUGCUCGCCCCACCUUCUGUAACGUCUGUCGGGACAGCCUCUCAGGGGUCACCUCUCAUGGCCUCUCCUGUGAAGUGUGUAAAUUCAAGGCUCACAAAAGAUGUGCAGUCAGGGCCACCAACAACUGCAAAUGGACAACGUUGGCCUCUAUCGGGAAGGACAUCAUUGAGGACGAGGAUGGGAUUGCAAUGCCACACCAAUGGUUGGAAGGCAACCUACCGGUCAGUGCCAAGUGUGCCGUUUGCGACAAAACUUGUGGCAGCGUGCUGCGCUUGCAGGACUGGCGUUGUCUGUGGUGCAAGGCCAUGGUGCACACGGCGUGCAUGGAUCUCUACCCGCGCAAAUGUCCCCUGGGCCAGUGCAAAGUGUCCAUCAUCCCCCCUACUGCCCUCAACAGCAUUGACUCAGAUGGUUUCUGGAAGGCCAGCUGUCCUCCAUCAUGCGCUAGUCCACUCCUUGUGUUUGUCAACUCUAAAAGUGGCGAUAACCAAGGUGUGAAAUUCCUGCGUCGCUUCAAACAGCUGCUCAAUCCUGCCCAGGUCUUUGACCUGGUCAACGGUGGACCUCACUUGGGCCUUCGAUUGUUCCAGAAGUUCGAUAACUUCCGAAUUCUCGUAUGUGGUGGAGAUGGAAGUGUUGGUUGGGUCUUGUCUGAAAUCGAUAAACUUAAUCUUCACAAACAGUGCCAGCUGGGCGUGCUGCCGCUGGGCACUGGGAAUGACCUGGCACGGGUGCUCGGUUGGGGCCCGUCAUGUGAUGACGACACUCAACUCCCUCAGAUACUGGAGAAGCUGGAGCGAGCCAGCACCAAGAUGCUGGACAGGUGGAGUAUUAUGACGUAUGAGAUAAAAAUACCUCCCAAACACAGCUGCCCCACCACACCUGAAGAGGCAGAAGGCCAGUUUCAGAUCUCUUCUUAUGAGAAUUCAGUGGCUGCUCAUCUCACAAAGAUCCUGAAUUCAGAUCAGCACUCAGUGGUCAUAUCUUCAUCUAAGGUCUUGUGUGAGACAGUGAAGGAGUUUGUAGCUAAAGUGGGGAAGUGUUAUGAGAGAAGCACUGACAGCACAGAAGAAGCUGAAGCUCUGGCCCUCAAUUGUGCGAUUCUGAACGAGAAGAUGGAUUUACUCCUGCAGACGCUGAAUUUGGAGGCCCAGGCCCUGACCCCCUCCGCCCUCACCACUCCACCCAUUGUCGAGGAGGAGGUGGAGGAGGAAGAGCUGGAGGAAGAGGAGGAUCUCAGUGAGGAGUCAUUAACAGAGUUGAAGGAGAACGAGACAGAGAAGGGCUCUGCUCAUAAGCUAUUCAGACCCCGCGAGCAGCUGGUGUUGAGAGCCAACAGCUUGAAGAAAGCCCUCAGACAGAUAAUUGAGCAGGCAGAGAGAAUGGUGGAUGAGCAGAACUCUCACACAGAGGAGCAAGAGCUGCAGUCUCCUACAGAUUACAGGAAAGACAGUGAGGACGAAAACAAAGACAAUGAGAAGGAUGAGGACACCAAAGAACUGGAAGCCCUGCCCUUGGUUAAGUCACCAUGCUCACCGCCAGAGAGACGUGUCAGUCGCAGCACGCAAUCCUGUGGCUCCUUCUCCAUUACUCCCUUCACUACAAGCAAAGAGAACCUGCCUGUCCUCAACACACGCAUCAUCUGUCCCGGGCUCCGGGCAGGUCUUGCUGCCUCUAUAGCUGGAAGCUCCAUCAUCAGUAAGAUGCUGCUUGCCAACAUAGAUCCGUUUGGUGCCACACCCUUCAUAGAUCCUGACCUGGACUCAUUAGAGGGCUAUUUGGAGAAGUGUGUGAUGAAUAACUACUUUGGCAUUGGGUUAGAUGCAAAGAUCUCACUGGAGUUCAACAACAAGCGCGAGGAGCACCCAGAGAAGUGCAGAAGUCGCACUAAGAACAUGAUGUGGUAUGGAGUUCUGGGAACCAAAGAGCUUCUGCAACGGACCUAUAAGAACUUAGAGCAGAAAGUUCAGUUGGAGUGUGAUGGGCAGUACAUCCCACUCCCCAGUCUCCAGGGAAUCGCCGUGCUCAACAUCCCCAGCUAUGCUGGGGGAACGAACUUCUGGGGCGGGACCAAAGAGGAUGAUAUAUUUUGUGCCCCUUCAUUUGAUGAUAAAAUCUUGGAAGUGGUGGCUGUGUUUGGUAGUAUGCAAAUGGCUGUUUCAAGGGUGAUUAAACUGCAACAUCACCGUAUUGCACAGUGUCGUACGGUGAAGAUCACCAUUUUAGGAGAUGAAGGAGUGCCUGUGCAGGUGGAUGGAGAGGCCUGGAUUCAACCUCCUGGAGUCAUCAAGAUUCAGCACAAGAAUCGUGCUCAGAUGCUGACAAGAGACAGGGCAUUUGAAAACACGUUGAAGUCUUGGGAGGAUAAACUGAAGUAUGACAAGCCUCCGCUGAGGCCGCACCUGUAUCCUCAGCAGUCUGUGGAUCUGGCCACAGAGGAGGAGGCCACGCUCAUCCAGAUGUGUGCACGAGCCGCUGAAGAUCUCAUUACCAGGAUUUGUGAGGCUGCUGAGAACUACCAACUUCUUGAGCAGGAGCUCGCCCAUGCCGUCAACGCCUCCUCCCAUGCCAUCAAUAAAACACACCCAAAGUUUCCUGAGAGCUUGACAAGAAACACUGCCAUCGAGGUUGCCAGCAAUGUGAAGGCCCUGCACAAUGAGACUGAGUCACUGCUAGUAGGGCGGGUGCCAUUGCAGCUGGAUCCUCCACAUGAAGAGCUGCUGUCCAGUGCACUGCAAAGUGUUGAGGUGGAAUUGGGCAAGCUGGCUGAGAUCCCCUGGCUCUAUCACAUCUUACAGCCCAAUGACGAGGAGGACCAUUCACUGGAGUACGGAAAGAGAAAUAGUCGGAGUGGCAUGUUCCGUAUAGUACCAAAGUUCAAGAAGGAGAAAUUCCCCAAGAAAUCCAGCCCACAGUCAGUUCAGAGGUGGGGUACUGAGGAGGUGGCCGCAUGGUUGGAGCAGCUCAGCUUGGGGGAGUACAAAGACACCUUCAUCCGCCACGACAUCCGCGGCGCCGAGCUCCUGCACCUGGAGAGGAGAGACCUCAAGGAUCUGGGGAUCUCGAAGGUGGGUCAUAUGAAGAGAAUCCUCCAGGGAACUAAGGACUUGGCCAAGAGUUCGAUGGUGGACCUUUGAGACGUCAACACCUAUUACAUUUGUGCAUGAAGAGGAGUUGAAUGGGAGCUCUGGUUUACAGUAUGAAAGUGCUUUGGUAUUGUGAAUAGAGGGCUUUCUGUCCUUUAUUUAGGAUAACUUGUAGAAAAGCUAGGAAUGUUUGUUUUAGAGCAAAUGCUGGUGCCAAAACGACAAGGAUUGUGUCCGAGAAUUUGUAUUGGUUUUAGAUAGAAAAGCCAUUCCUCACUUAUCGCGUCAAUGGCAAAAUCAGGUAUGCAAUUCUUAUUGUACAGGAAACCUUUGGCCUCUUUAAAAGAUUCAAAAUCAAGUAGCAAAACAGGACUUCCAUAAAACGUUCUCCCCGAGAGAAGUAAGGCCUCUGAAUAGCUUACUGGCUCUUUGCCUUGCGGUAGAUGACAACAAUAGGAGGGUGAUGUGAUGUGUCAGCAAUAUUCUGCUUUCGACAGCACUGUUUACAUUUUACAGAGACGGGAAAAAGACUGCUGAAGUAUUGCAAUCAAACAGCAAUCAUCGUAGAAUGGUUGUGGAAUCCAAGAAAGGUCAACAAGGGGUUUUCCUCGACAGUGAAAUUCUGAUGCAUGGGUGUGCUUGCUAUAUUUGUAUAGCUAUUUUAAUGCAUGAUCAGCAUCUUGUUUUUUAUUGUACAAACUAACACUUGAACAAGUUUUAUAUGAAUUUAGUAGAAUGCCAUUUGUUACUACUGAAACAUCCCUUUGGUCAAAUUAGACUGCUGAUUUAUAUCUAUUUAUCUAUCUGCAUGGAAACUUUGUGUCAAAAAGCAGUGUCAUGUGCCAUAUUUAUUGUAAAAUGAGCUUUACUGGUAAGAAAUGUUUUUAACCUUAUAUUAGAAUUAAGUACCAAAGUGAAUGUCUCCCGGUUUUUGCAGUGAAAUAUUUUAGUUCGCCUAAUAAGUGUGAACAUUUUCAAAGUUUAAGCGCCCCCCCCCCACAAAGAUUCACCGAAAAAUGAAAAUUCUGUCAUCAUUUACUCAACCUAAUGUUGUUCCAAACCCAUAUGAUUUUCUUCUGUGGAACACACGCAGGAAAGAAGAUUAUAGAAUUUUCAAUCGAUUAUGAUUUGUAGAAUCCCACUGAAAAUCUAGCUUCUGAAAUCCCUUAAAAGUUGUUUGGAAAAACACUAAGACCUCUAAAAUAUUCCCACAGUCUCUAUAUCCUCUCAAUGUAACUUAUAACUUCAAGAUAUUGUUAUACAUUAGUUUCAAUAGGAAAUGGAGUUUUGAAGAAAUUGCAGUUGACCUGCAACAUUACAUAUUGUUGAUUUUUGAUCCAGGAAUCAUGCGCAAGUUUGAUAGAAUACCUACAUUGACUUUUGGUUGGUGGCAUUACAGGGUAUAAGAGAUGUUUGUUUGUUAAUAUAUGCACUGUAUAUAUGUUGAAGAGUCUAAACUGUUAACUCCUCUUAUGAUUAAAGUCUUUGUAUAGUAGAAUGCUUACAUGCUAUUAUCAGAUUACACAUUGAAAUGUGUAUAGAGCACCAUAACACCUUUGUGAAUUCUAAGUUAAGUAAUCGCCUUUACACGUUAAGUGCUGUUGUACUCUAUGGAAAGUGCAAUAUUGUAUUUAUUUUUAUACAUUUCUUCUUGAUGAAGCUUUAUUAUGUGAGGUUUUUUCAUGGAAAACUAAAAAAGGUGGACUUGUUGACAGACAAUUCAUGACAUGUUCUCUCCAAAAUUCAUAACUCUUCCAUAAGCAAAUUGUAAAUCCUGUUUAACUGUGCUUCCAGGAUAAUUUGCUAGACGGCUGGUUGUUGCCUCAUACUGACUAUUAUCUUUUGUGCCUCUUUAUUUUUUCUGUAAAAUGGGGGAUUUUGAGCUUUGCGCUACACCUCGUUAUAAAUUAGCCAAGCCAACCGACAGUGCAUCUGGGACUCAUAACAGUAGACUUUAGUUUAUGUUAUAUUAUAAUUUUCCUCUAGAGGGUGUUAGAUAACAUCAAAGUAUUAGUUUAGAGAGAGAGUGAGACGCAGAGAGAAAAUACUUUGGAAAAUAUGUGUUGUUUCCAACCAAGAUAUGUAAUUCCACCCAUAAUUUACCUGAAGAAAGAAUUAAAACAAAUAUGGAGACUGAGCACAAGCCUAGAGGGAUGGGUUUGUUUUAUUGGGUGGAAUUUUGAAGAAAAAAAAUGCAGCAUGUUUUUGAAAAGGAUAAUACACAUUUAAAGAGUUCAUUUAGAGUUUAGUUCAUUAUCAUCAAGCAGUGGGACUAGUAAGACUUUCAUGACAGCAGUUCAUUAAUCAAUAAUUGAAAUAGUGUGCAUAAUGAAGGCACAACAGCGCCAAGGAUAUUGUAAUCUGCUUUUUGUUCCACAAUCUAUGUUAUCUGUUUAUUAUGGUUUAAUUGGCAACUUAAUGUCCCUCCCUCCCUUCAUCCAUGUACAUUAGUUCAUUUAGGUUUGACUGAAUUCCACAAAAAGCAGAAAAGUGGAUUGAAGCUAAAAAACGUACAGUAUGGAGAUAUUGACAGCAUCUAAAACUUCAAGGAUUAGUUCACCCAAAAAUAAAAAUUCAGUCAUUGUUUACUCCAUAUGACUUUCUUUCUUUUUCUGAAUACAAAGGGAGAAA